AUGACGCUGCCUUCUGCUUCGCAGUGGCACGUGCCGCCGCCGCUGCCCUGGAAGCCGCUGCUGACGGCGGCGCAGCUGCGACGGGGGCUGUCCUUCUACGGCAGCGGCGCACGCAUCGAGCGGGUGGCGGCCAGGCUGCUGGCAGGGCAGCCGAUCACGGCGGUCACAGUUGGCGGCAGUGUGACCCGCGGGGCGGGUGCCAGCAAGGUCAGCAAGCAGUACCCAGAGAUGUUCUUCCAGGACCACGUGCUGCUGAACAAGGGCAUCGGCGGCACCACUAGCGGCAUCUUCUCUGUGUGUGCCGAAGCACUGGUGCCCGAGGACGUGGACCUGGUGGUGGUGGAGUUCACCUUCAACGAGAGCCCCGACCUGCCCUACACCACCGCCAACCGGCGCGGCUUUGAGCAGCUGCUGCGCAAGCUGCUGCGCAUGCGGCGCGCCCCCGCCGUCAUCAUGCUGCACCACUACGCCUGGUAUUUCAGCGAUGGCGACGGCGUGGAGGCGGGCCUCUUCUACCGGCCGGCAGAGGCGCAGCUGGGCACCAUGGCGCAGUUUUACGACAUGCCCUCGCCCUCGGUGCGCAACGCGCUCUAUGCCUCCAUGCAAGCCGACCUGGAGCCCUACCGGGUGGGGCGCGUGCACAAGGGCGGCAUGACCACCGCGCGCGGCAACAGGAUCCGCGUGGCGGGGGCCAAGAUCAGGCACCGCUACUAUUACGACGACGACAUACACCCCUCGGACACGGGCCACCAGGUCAUGGCUGAGCUGCUGGCGGGCGUGGUGCUGACGGCGGCGCAGAGCGUGCUGGCGGGCCGCAGCGAGGCCAACGGCACCGCGCUGCGCGCAGCGCUGAUCGAGGCGGCCGAGCCGGAUGGCCCUGCCGCCGCGGCCACGCCGCUGCCGCCGCCCAUGAUCCCCGGCAAUGCGGAGAACCCGACCACGCUGUGCGCCAUGCAGGAGGACUUCCAGCCCAUGGCCCACAAGCUGCAGGGGUUCCGCUACAAGGCGGAGCGCCCCAGGGCACGCACCUUUGUGGAGCAGAAGUGGGGCUACACGGGAGAGAGGGCAGGGGCGUGGAUGGAGCUGCAGGUGGGCACCGAGGAGAGCCCCGGGUCGCGGGGCGAGGCCACCGUGCACCUGGGCUACCUCAAGUCCUACCUCGGCAUGGGCGCGGCGGUGGCGGAGUGCAAGGUGGGGUGCACGUGCAAGCGCUCGCUCAUGGACGGGCUGUGGAACGCCACCGUCUCGCUCAUACAGAUGCACAGCUUCCAGGUCACCCAGCACCCCAGCUGCCUCAUCAGGGUGACCAUCAUAGAGCGCACCGCGGAGAUGCCAGGGGGGCUGAAGCCCGCGGGAGGGGGCUACAAGUUCCAGCUGAAUGCCAUCAUGGUGGCGCACACUCCCCUGGUGCUCACAACCUACUUCCAGCAGGCUGAAGACUUUGCGGACAAGGUGGCGGCAUAG